CCUUGGCUGGAGAGACACACAGAGAAAGGAGGGAUGGAGUUAGAACAGGACCCUCACACAGCCUUGGGACUCAGAUGUUCCAGCUCCCAGAGACCCCCACUCUGUGUUUAACUGUGUCCAAGCUCACCAGAUUUGCACACACCGCGGUCUGUGGACACAGUCCUACCACCUGUCCCAGUACUAGACAUUCCAAAAAUGUUCAUAGAUGGAAAUCCACCCUCUCCUUCCCUGGAACACCCACACUCUCACACCCACAUGCACAUAGUUGGCUUCCUCUCUCCCACAGUCUCGUGGUUUCAAACACACUCUUGCACUUUCACCAGCAGAAGUGUCUGAUGUCACCGAGGGAAAGAAGGGACUUGCCACAGUCUGGGAUGGCUGCAGCGUCGGGAGUGGGGGUGUCCUUCCCACCCACACAGGCCCAGAUGUGCCCCCCAUCCUGAGCUGGGAGGUGGCUCUGGUCAUACCUGCUCUCCCAGGCAAGGCCUUGGGGGUCACUGGAGCUCGGGAGGCACCAAAGAAUGUUCCUGGCAUGUGCUGACAGGGGAUUUCAUUGCUCGGCUGAGCAGAGGCUCGGCAGACUCAGGAAGGACUUGGGGGAAGUGGCAGGGUGCGUUCACACUGGGUCCAAGAAACGGCUCUGGCAGCUCCACGCUGUGACUGACUGCUUUGGCUUUCUGGGUUCAUGAGCUCGCAGGACCCCAAGUAGCAAUGAGCAGCCAGUCCUGUUUGAGUGCCUGUGAGAGGGUGAGAGGGAGAUGGUAACAGAUAAAGAGAAGCAGAGACUGUCAGAGGAGAAAAAGAGAGGGAAAUGAUGCGUUUUUGAGUGCUUGGGGUUGGAACUCAGAGAAAGAACCUUUAACAGGGCAAGCUUGGGGCAGAAAGGAGAUUCUGAGACAGAAAGUCCAGGACAGUCAGAGACAGAGACAGAGAGAGACAGAGAGACAGAGAGACAGAGACAGGGGAGAGACAGAGACGGGGAGACGGAGAGAGACAGAGAGAGACAGCGAGAGAAGCAGGGAACACAGAGAGAGAGGCUCAGACAAGACAACAAACAAGUGGCUGGCGAUGGGCACUAAGGAAGUCACCAUCAGAGGCCCUGGGGUGAACCUAACACACAGGACUUCCAGCUUGACUCCCCUGCUGCUCAUGGGACUGCUGACCACAGGCCUGGCCCAGUCAUCAGUCCCUGCCUCCGUUCCUCGGGGCUUUUGGACUCUGUCUGAAAACCUAACUGCAGUGGAAGGGACAAGAGUUAAGCUGCCGUGUGGGGUCAGAGCCCCUGGCAGUGUGGUGCAGUGGGCUAAGGACGGGCUCCUUCUGGGUCCAAACCCCAGGAUCCCAGGCUUCCCAAGGUACAGCCUGGAAGGAGAUCCUGCUAAAGGGGAAUUCCACCUGCUUAUUGAAGCCUGUGACCUCAGUGACGAUGCAGAGUAUGAAUGUCAAGUUAGCCGCUCAGAGAUGGGUCCCGAGUUCGUGUCUCCCAAAGUAAUCCUCUCCAUCCUAGUACCCCCCAAAGUGCUUCAGUUGACGCCUGAGGCAGGAAGCACAGUCACCUGGGUAGCUGGGCAGGAGUAUGUGGUCACCUGUGUGUCUGGGGAUGCCAAACCAGCACCUGACAUCACCUUCAUCCAGAGUGGACAAACUGUACUGGACGUCUCCUAUAAUGUGAACGAUGGGUCUGAGGAGAAGCUCUUCAUCACAGAGGCUGAAGUCAGGGUGACACCCCAGAGCUCGGAUAAUGGACAGUUACUCGUCUGUGAGGGGUCCAGCCCAGCUAUGGAAGCUCCCAUCAAGGCUUCAUUCACCAUGAAUAUUCUGUUUCCCCCAGGACCUCCUGUCAUUAAUUGGCCAGGUUUGGAUGAGGGGCAUGUCCAGGCAGGGCAGAACCUGGAGCUGCCCUGCAUGGCCCGAGGUGGAAAUCCUCCUGCUACCCUGCAGUGGCUGAAGAAUGGUGAACCAGUGUCCAUAGCCUGGGGCACAGAGCAUGCCCAGGCAGUGGCCCACAGUGUGCUGGUGAUGACUGUGCGCGCUGAAGACCAUGGAGCUCGGCUCAGCUGUCUGUCCUACAACAGCGUAUCUGCAGGGACCCAGGAGCGAAGCAUCACACUGCAGGUCACCUUUCCCCCGAGCGCCAUCACCAUCCUGGGAUCUGCAUCGCAGUCUGAGAACAAGAAUGUGACCCUCUGCUGCCUUACCAAGUCCAGUCGCCCCCGGGUCCUGCUGCGAUGGUGGCUGGGUGGACGGCAGCUGCUGCCCACUGAUGAGACAGUCAUGGAUGGCCUGCAUGGUGGCCACAUCUCUAUGUCCAAUCUGACACUCUUGGUGCGGAGGGAAGACAAUGGCUUGUCCCUCACAUGUGAAGCCUUCAGCGAUGCCUUUAGCAAGGACACCUUCAAGAAAUCACUCAUCUUGAACGUGAAAUACCCUGCCCAGAAGCUGUGGAUUGAGGGACCCCCAGAGGGGCAGUACAUCCGGACUGGGACUCGGGUAAGGCUGGUGUGUUUGGCCAUCGGAGGCAAUCCAGACCCUUCCCUCACCUGGUUUAAGGACUCACGCACGGUGAGCGAGCCUCGGCAGCCCCAGGAGCCCCGGCGGCGUGUGCAGCUGGGCAGUCUGGAGAAGUCUGGCAGCACGUUCUCCCGCGAGCUGGUGCUGGUCAUAGGACCCUCAGACAAUCAAGCCAAGUUCUCAUGCAAGGCCGGUCAGCUCAGCGCGUCCAGGCAGUUGGUGGUGCAGUUCCCCCCAACCAACCUGACCAUCCUGGCCAACUCAUCCGCUCUGCGCCCGGGCGAUGCCUUGAACCUGACCUGCGUCAGCAUCAGCAGCAACCCCCCAGUCAACUUGUCUUGGGACAAGGAGGGAGAGAGGCUGGAAGACGUGGCCGCACCACCCCAGAGCGCCCCGUUCAAAGGCUCCGCUGCAUCCAGGAGUGUUUUCCUUCGCGUGUCAUCCAGAGACCACGGCCACCGGGUGACCUGUCGGGCUCACAGCGCGGCACUUCACGAAACUGUGAGCUCCUUCUACAGCCUCAACGUUCUGUACCCUCCAGAGUUCCUGGGGGAGCAAGUGCUGGCAGUGACCGCGGUGGAGCAAGGCCAGGCGCUGCUGCCUGUGUCCGUGUCUGCUAACCCCGCCCCGGAGGCUUUCAACUGGACCUUCCGGGGCUACCGCCUCAGCCCAGCUGGCGGUCCCCGGCAUCGCAUCCUGUCUGGCGGAGCUCUGCAGCUGUGGAAUGUGACCCGAGCUGAUGGUGGCAUCUAUCAGCUUCACUGCCAGAAUUCAGAGGGCACCGCCGAGGCGCUGUUGAAGCUGGACGUGCAUUAUGCUCCCACCAUCCGUGCCCUCCAGGACCCCACUGAGGUAAAUGUUGGGGGUUCCGUGGACAUCGUCUGCACCGUUGAUGCCAAUCCCAUCCUCCCAGAGAUGUUCAGCUGGGAGAGACUGGGGGAAGAUGAGGAGGAUCUGAGCCUCGAUGACAUGGAGAAGAUGUCAAAGGGAUCCACUGGGCGUCUGCGGAUUCACCAGGCCAAACUGUCACAGGCUGGUGCUUACCAGUGUAUUGUGGACAAUGGGGUGGCACCAGCAGCAAGAGGGCUUGUCCGUCUUGUUGUGAGAUUUGCCCCCCAGGUGGAUCACCCAACUCCCCUAACCAAAGUGGCUGCGGCUGGGGACAGCACCAGCUCAGCGACCCUCCACUGCCGGGCCCGAGGUGUCCCCAACGUUGACUUCACUUGGACCAAAAAUGGGGUCCCUCUGGAUCUCCAAGAUCCCAGGUACACAGAGCACAAGUACCACCAAGGUGUUGUCCACAGCAGCCUCUUGACCAUUGCUAAUGUGUCCGCAGCCCAGGACUACGCCCUCUUCACAUGCACAGCCACCAAUGCCCUCGGUUCAGACCACACCAACAUCCAGCUCGUCAGCAUCAGCCGCCCUGACCCUCCUCUGGGACUGAAGGUUGUAAGCACGACCCCUCACUCGGUAGGGCUGGAGUGGAAACCUGGCUUUGAUGGGGGUCUGCCUCAGCGGUUCCAAAUCAGGUACGAGGCCCUGGAGACCCCAGGAUUCCUCUACGUAGAUGUCCUGCCACCCCAGGCCACCACCUUCACACUGACUGGACUGAAGCCUUCUACACGAUACAGAAUCUGGCUGCUGGCCAGCAAUGCCCUAGGGGACAGUGGAUUGGCUGACAAAGGGAUCCAGGUCUCCAUCACUACUCCAGGCCUGGACCAGGCUCCUGAAGACACAGACCACCAGCUGCCCACAGAGCAGCCUCCAGGACCCCCGAGGCUGCCCCUGAUGCCCCUGCUGUUUGCGGUCGGUGGUCUUCUCUUGCUCUCCAACGCCUCCUGUGUUGGGGGACUCCUCUGGCGGAGAAGACUGAGGCGCCUGGCUGAGGAGGUCUCAGAAAAGACAGAGGCAGGGUCGGAGGAAGACCGAAUCAGGAACGAGUAUGAGGAGAGUCAGUGGACUGGGGACCGGGACACGAGAAGCUCCUUGGCUAGCACAGCGGAAGUGGAACCACAUUACUACUCCAUGAGGGACUUCAGCCCCCAGCUUCCCCCCACACUGGAAGAGGUGACUUAUCCCCAAGCCUUCACAGGUAUUGAAGAUGAAGACAUGGCCUUCCCUGGACACCUGUAUGAUGAGGUGGAGAGAGCCUAUGGCCCGCCUGGGGUCUGGGGACCCCUCUAUGAUGAAGUCCAAAUGGACCCCUAUGACCUUCGCUGGCCUGAGGUCAAGUAUGAAGAUCCGAGAGGACUCUAUGAGCAGGUGGCAGAAGACUUAGGCGCGGAACCUAACUCUCUACCCUUUGAGCUGAGGGGACACCUGGUCUGAGACUCUUCGUGACACCCGCUUCCGACAGCCACGGGGAAGACAUGAAGGAAUGCGUGUGAGUGACAAGAAGAUCAAGUUGACGUCUGGGAUAAGCAAGGCUCCUUUUAUAGAAAUGAAACUGCUCCGAAGGAACAGAGCCACUGGAAAUGACAUCUGAACAAUGAGAAUCUAUUUUAAGAAUCAUUAUACUUUUCAAAAGUAAAAAUUUUAGAAGUAGGAAAGACCUAUUAAAAUCCCAUUCAGAGCCUAGGGAUGCGCUCAGUGGAAGGGUGUGUGCUUUAGCACGUGUGAGGUUCUGGGUUGCAGGUUACAGCCAGCCUUGGCGUUACACACACACAAGGCUGGGCAUGGUGGUCCACCCCUGUCAUUCUGGCUCUGCAGGAUGCUGAGGUAAGAGAAGCACAAGUUCAAAGUCAGCCUGGGCCACUGAAAGUAUAGGGGCUGGAGAGAUGGCCCGGGGAUUCAGAGCUCUAAUGGCAGCUAACGCUCUGAGGACCUGAGUUUGGUUCCCAGCACCCACACCAGGUGACUCACAAUCGCGUCCCUCCAGCUCUAGAGAAUCUGAUGUUUUCUUCUGAUCCCCAUGGGCACCUGCACUCAUGUGUACAUACCCACAUAUAGACACAUACAUAUACACACAAUUAGAAAUAAAAUAAAUCCAACCUGUGUGGCGAUCCACAUCUUUAAUUCUAGCAAUUGAGAAGCAGAGGCAGAAGGAUCUCUAUAAGUUUGACACUCACUACUUAGUGAGUUCCAAGCUACGUAGUGAAACCUUAACUCAAAACAAACAAUACUUUUAAAAGCUUCAAAAUUAAGAAGUGUGCUGUGGAGGUAGCUUCAUGGUAGAGCCCCUGCCUAGAAUCCCCCAGUGAGGGGCUGGGAUGUGGCUCAGUGGUAGAGCCCCUGCCUAGAAUCCCCCAGCGAGGGGGUGAGGUGUGGCCCAGUGGUAGAGCCCCUGCCUAGAAUCCCCCAGUAGCAAGGCUCAAGGUUAGAGCUCUUGCCUGACAUGCACAAGACCCUGAAUUCAAUCUCCAGUAUAGCAAAAUUAAAACAAAACCCCAGUUUAUUUUGAGUUCAGUUACAUCUGAAUCAGCUAGCAAUAAUUAUAGACCAUUGCCAGAUUUUAGCUGUACUGUUUUAUUUUCCACAGUUUGUGAAACGUGAAACAGGAACAAAAUUCAGCAAAAGAAUAUAGAUGUGAAAGAAUGCA